AUGGAGAGGAUAAACACGAAAUGGGUAGCAGCAGCAGCGAGUAUAUGGAUUCAAAGCUUUAGUGGAGCUACUUAUACAUUUGCAAUCUACUCUUCGAUUCUCAAAUCUUCUCAAUCUUAUGACCAAUCUACCCUCGACUUCGUUUCCGUCUUCAAAGACAUCGGUGGUACUUUGGGGAUCUUCUCCGGUUACCUCUAUACGGCCAUGACUUCGAAGCGGCACGACGGUCGUGGUGGGCCAUGGGUUGUUGUGUUGGUAGGGUUGGUUCAGUGGUUUUUGGGAUUCUUUUUCAUGUGGGCUUCGGUGGUUGGGUUGAUCGCUCCGCCGCCUGUGCCGGUCAUGUGUCUGUUCGUCUUCUUGUCUGGUCACUCGCUGCCGUUUUUCAAUACCGCUAAUGUUGUCACCGCCGCUCGUAACUUCUCUGAUUACGGUGGGACUGCCGUCGGCAUUAUGCAGGGAUUUCUAGGGCUAAGUGGAGCAAUUCUGAUUCAGUUGUACCACGCGGUCUCAGGCGAAGGUAACCCUGCUACUUUCAUUCUACUGUUGGCCAUAGUACCAACGCUUGUCAUCUUCUUGACUAUGCCUUUUGUAAGAGUUUAUGAAACGGUCACCACGAGUGACAAGAAACACUUGGAUGGUCUCUCUGUCAUCUCUUUGAUCAUCGCCGCCUAUCUUAUGGUCAUUAUAACUACCCAAAACGUUCUGGGUUUAUCACGGUCCAUGCAGAUUUUCUCCUUCGUUCUUGUGCUUUUAUUGCUUGCCUCUCCUCUCUUGAUCGCUGUAAGAGCCCUACGAGAAGAGAAGCAGACACUUACGUCUAUGGAUUGUCCUGUUCUCGACACAUCCGCCUUACUCCACUCUCCUAGUCCAAACAUUUUUCCUGAUGAAGAUCAUGUGGUUACAGUAGACUCAAACAUAUUGGAAGCAAUGAGCACAAUGAACUUCUGGCUACUCUUUUUGGCAAUGUUAUGUGGGAUGGGUUCCGGAUUCGCGACAAUAAACAACAUUAGACAGAUAGGCGAGUCUCUUCGCUACUCCACGGUCCAACUAAACUCUCUGGUCUCUCUCUGGAGCAUAUGGAACUUUCUAGGCCGGUUUGGAGCCGGUUAUAUCUCAGACACAUUCUUACACAAACAUAGCUGGCCAAGACCGGUCUUCAUGAUCAUAACUCUAGCCGUUAUGGCUGUAGGCCACAUCGUAGUGGCCUCUGGUUUACAAGGCAGCCUCUAUGUCGGUUCGGUAUUGAUCGGUAUGGCUUAUGGUUCACAAUGGUCGCUCAUGCCGACAAUCACGUCAGAGAUAUUUGGGAUCAGGCACAUGGGAACGAUUUACUUCACGAUUUCGAUUGCGGGUCCCAUUGGAUCGUAUCUUCUUUCGGUGAAAGUGAUAGGUUACUUUUACGACAAGGUAGCUUCUGAUGUUGACAAUUCUUGCUUCGGAAGUCAAUGUUUCAGGACAUCGUUUAUGGUUAUGGCGUCUGUGGCUCUUUUCGGCUCUUUGGUUGCUUCUGUAUUGUUCUUCCGCACAAACAAGUUUUACAAAAAGCUUGUAGCCAAGAGGUGCUUAAAGUGA